CACAUCCUACUCCAUCUCCAUCGAUCUCCAUGAGAAGGUGUGUGAGAGAUAGAGAGAUGCAUGGGAUGACAGAGGCUCAAGCGAGCAGUGAGAGUACUCUAUAAAGGUAAAGAAAAGCAGCCAUAAAAGGAGGCAGCAGCACUAGCUAAGCCUAGCCACGUACACACAGUCAGACAAACCACAAACCCCAUUGCCAUUACCAAGCAGAGCCAUCUCAUCUUCUGGUCUCAUAUAGAGAGGGAAGAAGAGCUCAGCUCAGCUCGCUCACACACCAGUCACCAUUGCCGCGCUGCCUCCCAACGCUCGAGCGAGAAAGGAGCCGCCGUCUUCUUGCAUCGGCAUUGUCGCUAGGGAGAAGAAGCAGCAAGAGCGUGAGACACCCACGCACACACGGGUAGGGGGGGAGGGGUGGCGGUGUGACGGUGAGGGAUGCGGGCGGGGGCAUACACCAUCCACCAGUCGCUCACCGCCGAGGCGGCCGCGGUGCUCAAGCUCGCGCUCGCGCUCGCACGCCGGCGAGGGCAUGCGCAGGUCACGCCGCUCCACGUCGCGUUCGCCCUGCUGACGGGCCCCGCCGCCGCCGCCUCGUGCGCGCAGCCGCUCGCCGCGGCCUUCUCCUCCGCCUCCUCCUCGCCGGCGGCGCCGUACGGGCUGCUCAAGCGCGCCUGCCUGCGCUCGCACCCGUCGCCCGGGGCGGCGGCGUCGUCCCCGGCGCAGCAGCACCACCACCCGCUGCAGUGCCGCGCGCUCGAGCUCUGCUUCAAUGUCGCACUCAACCGGCUGCCCACCUCCGGCCCGCACUCGCCACCCGCAGCGCACUUCGCGUCGCCGCUGAUCCAGCCCAGCCCCACGCUCUCCAACGCGCUCGUCGCCGCGCUCAAGCGCGCGCAGGCCAACCAGCGCCGCGGCUGCGUCGAGCUCCAGCAGCCGCCACCCCCACCGCCGCCGGUGACCGCGCAGCAGCAGCAGCCGCAGCCGCUGCUCGCCAUCAAGGUGGAGCUGGACCAGCUGGUAAUCUCCAUUCUCGACGACCCCAGCGUCAGCCGCGUCAUGCGGGAGGCCGGCUUCUCCAGCGCCACCGUCAAGAGCAACCUCGAGGAGGAGAGCGCGCUCAUGCCGCCGCCCUCGUCGUCGUCCUCGUCCCCUCCGCCGCCGCCGCCGCCCAUCCCUCCGCACUUCUUCCUCGACCCCAGCAUCGCCGCGGGCGGCGGCGGUAGAGGUAACGGCGGCCGCUUCGCGCUUUGGCCGUCGCAGUUCUUGGCCGCCGCGCCUGGCCCCGACGCGUGCAGCGACGACGUCCGCGCGGUCCUGGAGGUGAUGGUCCGGAGGCAGGGGCGGCGCGGCGGCGGCAACCCCGUGGUGGUCGGCGACUCGGUGUCCAUGGCGGAGGCCGUGGCCGGUGAGCUGCUGCGGCGCCUGGAGCGCGGCGACGUCCCCGCGGAGCUCGCCGGCGCGCACCUCCUCAAGCUGCAGCUGUCGUACGUGCACGUCCGCCUCAUGAGCCGCGCCGACGUGGACGCCCGCGCCGCCGAGCUCCGGCGCAGCGUGGACGCCGUCCAGCCCCAGCGCGGCGGCGGGCUCGUGGUCUACGUCGGCGACCUGCGGUGGGCGCUCGACGAGGAGCCGAACCCGAGCGAGCACGCGACGGCCUCGUCCUACAGCCCCGUGGAGCACAUGGUCGCGGAGCUCGGGCGCCUCCUCGACGACCUCCGUGCCUCCCGCGGUCGCUCAUGGCUCGUCGCCACCGCCAGCUACCAGACGUACAUGCGGUGGCAGCAGCGGCGCCGGCGGCCGCCGACGGAGUCCGCCGCCUGGGCGCUGCAGGCCGUGGUGGUCCCCACCGGCAGCGGCACCGGCCUGGCGCUCAACAGCCUCCACCCCUCGACGCCGUCGUCCUCUUCCUCCCUCCCAAGUGCCAGUGCAGCGCCGGUGCCGCCGGCCAUGGCGACAGCGCAUCAGCUUGGGCAGAGUCCGUUCGUGAUGGCCGCCGGGGAGACGACGGGGUUCGCGGCGGCCGGAGAUGACCAGGACGAGACGCACCUCCUGCUCUGCACCGAGUGCAGCAAGAACUACGAGAGGGAGGCGUCGCUCGUGAAGGCGGAGGCUGGCGCGGAGGGCCCACGUGGCAGCCUCCCCGCCUGGCUCGUGCCGGACAGGCCACCGGUCGAUCAAACACCUCAUCACAAGGAGAAGUAUCUGAUGGAGCUGAAGAGGAAAUGGAGCCGGCUGUGCAGGAAGCUUCACCUCUGCGCUGUUGAUCCGUGCUCGGCUCCGUGCCCAUGGUGGUCUGGCUCUUGCUUGCUACCGGGCAGCCAGAGCAAGCCCACCGUCGCGGGGUUCCUGGGCUUGGAUGGCCUGAUGGAGCUCGGCAAGAGCAGGACGAGCCAGUGGCCGCCGUCACCGCUGCCUCGCUGGGGCCUGACUCCGGUGAUGGCGCCGGGGUGCCAGGGCGCGGGGACCGCGCUCGCUCUCGGCAGCCACCCGCUCUCGGACUCGGCGACGUCCGGCGGCCGCGCCCCGGGAAGCGGCGACGGCUCCGCUGCGGUUCGCGAGCUGGAGCGGAGGCUGCGCAGGAACAUCCCGUGGCAGCCCGUCUCCGUCGUCGCGGAGAUCGUCGAGACGGCACUCGCCGGCCGGGGCCCCGUGUGGCUGUACGUGAAGGGGAGCGACCACGCCGCGGCGCGGCGCGCGGCCGCGGUGAUCGCCGAGGCGCGCUGCGGGUCAUCGGACCGCGUGGUCUUGGCCGAUCCGAGCAGGUUCAGCUGCGCGGAGGAGCUGUGCUCCGACGUCGUCUCCAGGGCGUCCGAGAUCGGCGGCCAGGCGUUCGUGGUCGUCGUCGACGACGUGGAGAACGCGCCGUGCGACGUCGUGGACUGCCUCGUCGCGGCGUCGGAGAGGGGUCGUCUCAAGGAUCACCAGUCCGGCCGAGAACUCGACCUCUCCAGCUCCGUCGUGAUCCUGACGACGUCCAAGUUCACCGGCGCCGCCGGCAGUGUGAUCGGCCUGCGUCUGUGGUCCGAGGACGAGGCGCCGCCCGGCGGCGCUCUCAAGAGGAAGACGGUGUCGUCCCCGCAGGGCGAAUGCAAGCGGGCACGCCACGACGCCCUCGACCUCAACCUCAACCUCUGCGCCGAGGAGGACACCGACGAAGAAGACGACGACGGCAGUGACGACGACGAGGAGGCCGUCCCCAGCGACAUCACCCACGAAGGCGACUCAGGCGAUUCCAGCGAGCACGGGCACCCGCACGGCCUCCUGGAGUCCAUCGCGGCGCGCGUCGUCACCCUCGACGAAGAGGGCGGCCACGACGCCUUAGCCGCCAUCCGCGCAAGGCUCGCCGGGGCCAUCACCGGCCAGGGAAGGUCGCGCGUGGACGAGGCGGCGGUGCAGGCGCUCGCGGCGGCGUCCGGGGAGUUCCUUGAGGAGGUGCUCGAGAGGUGGACGGCGGAGGUGCUGGGACCGGCGGCGGCAACGGUCAGAAAUGGCGGGAAAGGGAAGGAGGUGGUGGUGCUGGGGCUGGGGCCCGUUGGUGGGGCCCGGGAGACAGAGGGGUUCAUGGGCUCUGUCCUUCCAAGUAGGGUCCACGUGGACUGAGCUGAGCUGAGGUGUCCAAAUCUUCUUUUUGCUGCCCUUUUGGAGAGGAAAAGGAGAAGGGUGUAGUUUGUAUGUAUGUAAAAGGGAAGGGUUUGGGGUCUAGAAAUGGAGAAUUUGGGGGGUGGGGUAGGGGUUAUAUGGAUCAAAUGUCCUACUUUAGUAGUGAUAAUGCACUAGUUUAGCUUUGUUCAUGUACUAGGUUUGGAGGGUUUGGAAUGGAGAUGAAAAUCACAUUGGAGAAUGAUCCUGGAAAUA